AUGGCCGACUUUACCACGGUCAAAUGGGUUGAGUCGAUGCUCUCAAGUAGGAUUGUUAGAUUGAGGCUACAUGGUGUCUUUCUUGAUGUAAUGACCACAAAAGGAUGUCCACAAGGAGGCGUCAUUUCGCCUCUACUAUGGACCCUUGUCAUUGAUGGGCUUCUCUAUAAGAUGGAUGAACUUCGAAUUGACACUCAAGGUUAUGCUGAUGACCUAGUGAUAAUGAAUCGAGGCGACAGCCAAAGUACCAUCUCGUACCUUAUACAAAAAGCGCUUAACAUAAUAUCCAAAUGGUGCCAAGAAAAUGAACUGGCGGUUAAUGCUGACAAAACUGUCCUGGUUCCUUUCACAAGGAAGCGGAAGUUGGAAGGCCUCAUAUCUCCGCGACUGAAUAAUAGAUCGUUAUCGUCGAGAUACCGUUUUCCGACAAGUCAAGUGGACGGUAUUGUGCAAAAGGCAAAAUUUGCCUUAAGUAGUUGUAGUCGUCUUGUCGGCCAAAAAUGGGGUCUAAAGCCCAACAUGGCCCUUUGGCUGUACACAGCCAUUGUAAGACCACUUAUAUCAUAUGGCUCUGUGGUCUGGUGCAGAAAAAUUGCCCAAAAGACCGUUAUUGCCAAAUUAAGAAGCCUUCAAAGAACUGCAUGCGCGAUAACAACAGGAGACAUGACGUCCACGCCGGGGGCAGCCCUAAAUGCACUUCUGAACCUGCCGCCCCUAAACCUAUAUCUACAAAAGGAGGCGAGGGCCAGCAUGCAUAGAGUAAUGACCCAUAUGCGGACUAACUGGCUCUCAAACUCGCUGCGGCUAUUUGAGCAAUUCGUACUGAGAAGUCUUGUAUUAGACAUGGUGAGUGACGCCAUGCUGCCGAAAUUUGACUUCAUUAGCAACUUUAGUAUUGAAUUCCCCACAAGAGAGGACUGGUUAAACAAUCGAAUUACUUGGAAAAAAGGGAGCCUUAAAUGGUAUACCGAUGGAUCCAAGUCGGGUUCUGACGUUGGCUGUGGAAUCUUCGGAGAGUGCCCCAAAUUUGGCAAAUCUGUCAACUUGGGAAACCUUGCCUCCGUUUUCCAGUCGGAGGUAUACGCCAUAAUAGAAUUUGCGGACACCAUCCUAAAUAAAGGCUACGUCGGCAAGUGUAUUUAUAUCCACACAGAUAGUCAGGCGGCUCUGUCCGCUAUAGACUCCAACAGAUCAGUCUCAAAGCUUGUAGACAACUGCCGGACUAUACUGAAUACUCUGGGAAGAAUGAACAGAGUUACACUUCGAUGGGUUCCAGGACAUGCAGGAAUCGAAGGCAAUGAAUACGCCGACGAACUUGCAAGAAUUGGCGCUAAAAGCACUCAAUUUGGCCCUGAACCCUUCUGUGGUGUCCCAAGGAGUCUUUUCGGUACAAUCAGUUCGUGGUAA